AUGUCCUCCCAACCUUACUUGGAUCGACACACCACCCACAACUUCAUCCUCACGCCUUUUCCACGUCUAUCAUCGGCGACGAAAGCUCGAUUUUUUCAUCUGCACUACCGAAAAAGCCCCCUCGCCUAUGUGCGGUGUUCAACCUUUACGAUCGGCAAACCAGACCUAACAUACCAUGCCGGCGAAACCGAGGAUGCCCCGAUUACAGCCGUCUGCAAAUUCAUCAAUUUCUCUCGACACUGCAAAGUGGGACUCGGUAAUCCGGAUGAUCCCAAUGUCGCCUGGGAGGAUCUAACGCGCCAUAAACUCACAACGCAUUAUCGGUUCGAGAUCACACUGGAUUCUGGUGAACGGAGGGCUUUUAUUUGGAAGCGGACCAAUAGUGUCGGGAUUGGAGAGGAGAAGCCAUCGAAAAUCAGCUCAAGGAAUUUUAAGCUACAGGAUGACCAGACUGAAGAGCUCGUCGCUGUUUACUUGAAUAAUGGGACGAAAAGCUGGAAGAAGUCUGGCAAGUUCCAGAUUAAUGUGGAUUAUGGGGUUGUUUUUGAUACUAUGGUAGCCUCGCAAGGUCCUGAACCCACUGAGUUCCAGGACUUCGAGCUGAAGGAGAUCAACAGCAUCUCCCACAAUAUCGCCAUCUACCGGUUUUUCCUGAACCGUCCUACCGACAUCCUUGGUCUGCCCAUCGGCCAGCACAUCUCGCUUACGGCCACCAUUGACGGCCAGCUUAAGGAGGUUAUCCGCUCCUACACCCCCAUCUCGUCUAAUAAUGAAGCCAACUACUUCGAUCUGCUGGUCGAGGCUUACCCGCAGGGUAACAUUUCCAAGUACAUCACCACCCUGAAGGUCGGCCAGACUAUGAAGAUCAUCGAGGCCAUCAUCCGCAACCGCCCCUGCAACGGCGGCAACGACACCACCAAGUUCGACCUGAUCUUCGCUAACGUCAACCCGGAGGACAUCCUGCUCCAGGAAAAGCUAGAUAAGCUCACCAAAGAGGAUGAGGGCUUUAACGUCUACUAUGUCCUGACAGCCCGCCCGAGGUCUGAACUGGUAAUGUCAGCUUCGUCACCCCCGACAUGA